CACCUUCCGGUGCCGGUGGCCAGCGAUCGAUGGAGUGUGCACCGGUCAGGUUCCCAUCGACGCCCAUGACGAGCCGAGCUUUAACCGACGAUUAUCCAUUCAAAAAGACCCAGAUAUUGAUCAAAGUCCUCUAGUAAACCUUGGCUGAUUGCAAGAGAUUCAAAGUGAGAUGCGUGCAGCUGAAGAUCUUGGUGCUCCUUCAAGUUUGCUAUGACUUCCGAGACAUGUGAAAUAUGUGGUCAGGAAGGGUUCGUUGGCGAGGCAGAGGUCAGGACACAUAUGCUUCUGGUUCACGAGGAAAACUCUGGGUCAUGCCCUUUAUGCGACCUUGCACAUGUGUCCGUUGAAGAACUGGCAUACCACAUGAACACAGCACAUCGCCAUGUACUCAGUCCGACCUAUGCUGCAAAACUUAGCUCCAGUAGUUACAGGACGGAGAGUCAUGCACAUGACACCAGGGAUGAUGAUGUUGUGGUAGCGGAAGAAGUUCAGGAGGAGAAUUCCUUGAUUUAUAUUGAAGACUACUUUGCUGAACCAUCGGGUAUAAAACUUAAGAAUGGUGAUUCUGUUGAUCAGCACAAGAAAGACAUACAUGUAGCUAGCGUAGAUGAUGCAGAUGUAGCACAAGAAAAUGGAAAUGAAACUGAUGUGAACCACAAUAUGAGUGAUAGGGAAGACGGAAGUCAUUUAAGACAAUCAAUGGAUGUGAACGGCAGUUUACAUGAUUUGUUUGCCGAGUCAUCAGUGUCUGUAGGCGGAGGUGAAAGUAGCCUUUUGAAUGGCCAUGAGAAUGGUCAAGAAGAGCCAGAGACGGAGUGUAUGAUUAUUGAUGAAUCAAAGGAGGGUUUCAAAGAGAGGAAAAUCAUCAGCCUGGAGGCAGGCAGAACGGGGCCAGGGGAAGAGACACCUCAAGACCAAAAACAGAAUGACCGAAAGAGAGGGAGAAAGGAACCUGAUGUAAGACCCAAAGACACCCGCCAGUCACAGAUUUUGCAAUAUGCAGAGAGACGGAACAGCCACCAGUCACUGGAUACUCAGGCGUCAUCCAGGAGUGGGAACGAGAGUGUGGCCAGUGAGACCAGCAGCCCAUUUCGUAAGCUCUUCAGAACACUCACAGGAAGGACAGCAGAAAUUGACGUUGAGGACAGGAAAGAAAAGAGUGGGAUAUGGGUCGACCUUACCAAUGAUUCUGAGCCUGAUCUUCUUGAUGAUGACUCAUUUGAGUUUAUCGAAGAUGCCCUGCCCGCAGAGGAGAUCCAGUGGGACAAUAUCCCCAGCACGAGUAGCGAUGCCAAUCCAUGCUCUACCUCCACUCCGACCAAAGCCAAAUCGAAAUCGGCAGAGGAUGCAAAAGCAAAGACCCAAAACCCUGAUAAACCAACUCUUCUUAGCCUUAGCCAAAGUUCCAAGAAUGUGCAAUCACCUAUCCUCUGUCCAAUCUGUGGACUUGGAAGCUAUGAUACUGAUUUCCUGUAUAGCCACAUCAACACAGAACAUCCGGAAGGUGCAGUGGGAGAAACGAGCACCGGGAAUAGACCACAUGACAAUGGAGCUGUGGGAGGUGGUGACAUCACUUGUCCUGUAUGUGGGCUAGUUGGGCUAGGAACUAAUGAAAUGAAUGCACAUGUCGAAGGCCACUUUGUAGAGGGACCAUCAGCUGGAGAUGAUGGUGCCAGUACCAGUCGUAGUGGACAAACUGAAAUGACAGAUAUGGACAGAAGGCUGGCUGAGCAGCUGGCUGAGGAUGAGCGGCGAGAACGGGAAAGGAAGGAGGAAGAGGAAUUCAAAAAGUUACAGGCCAAGUAUGGGACUGAUGGUAAGGGAAACAUCAGAAAACAGAGUGAGCGCAACUCAUCAAAGGCAGUGUGGCGAGGUCAGAUGACCCCUUUCGACUACCAUCAGCAGAAACAAGCGCUUCAAGAAACGAUGGCUACGGGAGUGGACUCUGGACAGUCUAGGACAAAAGAUAUCAUUCCCAGACUUCUUGACUACUACAACAACAAGGUCCACGGCGUGUCCUUUGCACGUCUCUCUUACAACUUGGACCAUUUCUCCUCCUCCAUGGGUGAUUCCGGGUGGGGCUGUGGAUACCGCAACAUCCAGAUGAUGCUAUCCGCUCUGGUAGAAGAGCCUCGCUUCAAACAGGUGGUAUUUAAUGGAAGAAAAGAUAUUCCCUCUAUUCCUCGGAUCCAGCUACUGAUCGAGGACGCUUGGAGUAAGGGUUUCGAUGCCCAAGGUCGUGACCAGCUGAAGGGCAAAGUUCACAACACCAGGAAGUGGAUCGGGGCCACGGAAGUGGUGGCCAUGUUCUCAGCGCUCCGCAUCAAAUGCAGACUGUUUGACUUCCAUGCACCCAGCGGCCAGAACGGUACCCAUCCACGUCUCUUUGCCUGGAUCAGGGAUUACUUUGGUAAACCAUCAAUGCUCUCUAUGGAAAGCUCUGUGAGAUCCAACAAGUUACCACUCUACUUCCAGCAUGAAGGCCACAGCAGAACAAUCGUUGGGUACGACAUGAUGAAAGAUAAGUCGACCAGAAUUCUGCUCUUUGACCCCAGUCACCGGGUCGCUGAUGCCAAUGCUCUCAGGAGAGGGGAUAUCACCGGUCACUCUCUAAAGUCAAUGAGGAAGACAUUAAAUCAAAUGAAAGCCAAACAAUAUCAGAUCGUCUGCAUCGAAGGAAUCAUCACAUCUGACCAGGAGUAUGAGAAAUGUAAGUUGUUGACCUCUCAGCGCAUUCUGUGAGCAGAAGUAUAAGAGAACAAUGAGAUUGAGUCAUCAUUAGCAUCUCAUUUCACCUCAGGGACUACAAUUACAUUCUACAGGGUUUGUGGCAGCAUGAACAACAAAAAUUAACUUUUCUUCUGCAUUGAAUGAAUAUUAAGCUCACUUGUAAGGUCCAAGGCUUUUGGACAAAAGGCUGGAGAUCACAUCACCAACUAGACUUUCAACUAGACUGCCUUAUCAUCUUUUAUACCAGUCAUUUAUUUUGUUUUUCAUGCAAGAGCAAAGUAGCUUUGUGGAAGAGGUUAAAUGGAAGUAAGGAUGAACAAAUUUCUGUAAUAGUUCUGAAGUUCUGACAAGGGACAGGAAGUGUAUGGCUGGCCAUCUGCAAGUCUUGGACUUCUGGUCGUAUUGUACUUGCUGUAGUUGGUCCUGGGCCCCAUUUCACAAAACUUGUCAUCAGUGACAAAUGAGAGUUUUUGUUAUAAGCUAGUGAAAAUCCUUGCUUCUGAUUGGUUAUCAGCAGAUUUGUCAUUGAAAAAAGGCUUUGUGAAACCGGUCCAUGGACAUCAUGUGAAGAGAAAGCAAUGUCCGGAUCUGGCAUGUAUAUUUGGCUUACUUUGAAUCCUCUGGCAAUCGCUUCCAGUUGGGUGGUCGCGUUACCCAAACCUGCUGAGGAUAAACGCCCCUUCAUUUACAAAAUGUUUGGGGAAUGUUUGCAAAAUAAACCCCUCUCAUCUACAAAUGGUCUGGUCCUAUUUACCUGACAUUUUGUGGAGACCCUACAGCAAAUCUACGAAAGAUCGCGUCAUCUUCCGGUAUCGUUUCACAAAAGGUCAUGUUAUGUGCCCAACAGACCAGAAGCGAUGACCGAUGAUUCAAAGUGAGCCUGUAUAUUCUAUUAUUGUCCCUGCCUUCUCUCAUACUUUCUGACAUACACAAAUUGAUUCUUCAGUACCUGAAUGAAGAUUUGAAAUAGAGACAAGAAAGUGAUAGGAUUUAUUUCAUAAACUUUGCCUGAAAAUUGAAUAAAUUCAUCCAUGCCGUCAUGCCUACACUUUACAUAUUUUUCUGUCAAGUAUGUUGAAACAAAUCAUUUUGUAACUUUUCUUCAUAGAUAAUACUACUAAUAAUACAGAACGAAGAAACAUCAUUCGCUGUGUAGCAAAUCAUGAAAUUAAUAACCCUUUUGCAUAAAUUUUUAGAAAGAUGACAGUUUACUGGUCAGUGUCAAAUACAGGGUAUGCUCACAGACUAUAGUUUCUGUUCCAACUUCUUCUACUAAGCUAACAUUUUAAAUAUUAAAAAUGACAUACAUAUACAGGUAAAUAUCACAGGGUUCAUUAUAUGCAAGUAUAGUUUCUUAAAAUGAUUUUUUGAUGUGUAUUAUACAAAGGUUCAUUUUUCCGGUGGGUCAUUUAUUAUCAUGACAUCAUGAAAAUAUUUUGUUCUAUUUAUAUGCAAAUGUGUGCCUUUUGUGAGAACAAUCUUUAUUGUGAAAGCAAGGUAAAAGAUCAAUCCGUCAAGCUCCUGACAUAGAUUUACUAUGCAUUAUACAAAAUGGAAUUAUAGAUUACAUCGUCUUUUGAGAGAAAGAUGAGUGUUAAGUCUAUGGUUAAUUCAGUUCGGUUCAUUCAGUUCAGUUCAUUUUAUUCAAAACCACACAAAGCAUGAUAUAAUCUGUUACAUAAAAAGGGACUGAUAAUAGUACAUCAAUCAACAUAUUCUAACUUGAUUACAUCAUAAACUGAAUAGUUCUAGGACCCCUUUAGAAGCUGAUACAAGUUAAAGCCCUUCUGGCUCCAAACGGAUGAGAUGAUGUUCUCCUAUUGUAAAAUAUUGAAUCAUGGUAUCCAUGUCAUUGUUAUGUUAUCAGUGAUUAUAAAUUUAUCUCUUAAAGCGCAUCAAUACUAGUGAACAGGAGGGAUUAGACUACCCUGCAAGGUCACUGGACAGGUGGUUAUCUCAUCAAAUCAGCUAUCAGUUAACAUAAGAAAAAGAGGAUCAUGGGGGACCAAUGGUCACCGAUUAUGCAUUGUUUGUUAUAUAGAGGGAGCGAGUAGCUUUAAGUAGUGCAGUGUGGCUUUAAGAGUCAAAAGGGAAUUAACUUUGUGUUUAUACUGCUGUAGUACUGGAUACUCGUCAAUCUCGGCAGAUUCCAUUAUUCUCAAAAUAUUGAUCGUGUUUAUCCAUAAGGAUUUUAAGUUAUGAGUAAUGUGAACUUACAUGUAUCUGUUGAGAGCCAGUAGGGCAUUAACUCUGUAUGCAAAAUGAUGUCAGUUAAUGCCCUUCUGGCUCUGUUCGAAUGAACAGGGGAGUGUUUCACAA